ACGCACCAAAGGUGGCUCCGGCCCGGCCUCAGCGCAGCACCAAAGGAAAAGCCAAAUCAUCGUCCCUGAGUCGGCCCGAAACCCUCAGCCCUGAAAAGCGCCAGGCCCUGGAGCGGUACCUGCAGCUGAGGAGUGCUGGCUGGAUCCAGGACCGCUCCGGCAAGUGGGUGAAGGACGAAAACGCCGAAUUCGACUCAGACGAGGACGAGCCACCCGCGCUGCUGCCGGCCUGA